AUGCUUGCGCAGCCGUCCAUGUACGCUCCCAACACGCUCAACACUUUUUGGAAGCCUAGCCCUUCUGGACAGCUUGUUAAGAUGGAACCCACCAAUGAUGUCUUUGCGCCCCAUGACUUUGCUGCUUUCCCCGGCUCCCAGCCCAUGAUGGCCAGCAUGAGUCUUCCCAACUACGCAACCCACGCUCCCGACAGGCGAUUCAACUUUUCCGAUGCAGAGUCCUUCUCUUCCGUCGCGUCCCCAAGCUCCACCUCGGACGCUUCCUCUCGCCCGUCCUCCGCCAAGAGAGGCUCGAAGCGCAAGAACGUCGAUGUGCCUGCCGCUGUCGCCACACCCGAAGCAGCCGCCGACACCGCCAAAGCAUCCAAAAAGGCGUCCCGCCAAACCGGUCAGCGACGCCCACCUCCUUCUGCGUCUCAUGUUACCGAGUCCGGAAAACCUUUCCCCGUCAUUGACACCUCGGCCAAGCACUCGAGCCUGUUUGUCGCUCCCGACACCUCUGGCCUCACCAAGCGCGAGGCCCGUCUCGUCAAGAAUCGUGCAGCCGCUUUCCUUUCGCGACAGCGCAAGCGUGAGCAGUUCGAAGAGAUGGAGAUCAAGUGCAAGGGCAUCUCGAUGCUCGUUUGGCGUAUGUGGGAGGCCAUCGCUGGCAACGAUGCCGAUGUCGACCGCAUCAACGAAACCCCUCUCGCCGCCGUGCUCGCCAAUGAAGAGCCCAUGGCCCGCCUUUGCCUUGAAGAGGUCAUCGCCAAGAAGGGCGCCUCCAUUGCACCUACCGCCGACGAACUCGAAGGCACCCCUGCCCCCGAACUGCCCCCUCACCUCGCCUCUCACUCUGCCGCAGCUGCGCCUGCUCCAGCGCCCGCUCAGGCUGCUUCCUCCGCCGAGCUCGAACAGGCGCGAUCGGAGCUCACUGCUUCUCUGCAGCGCGAGAACGAGCUGCUGGCUCAGCUCGACGCGCUUCGUGCUAGCGUCGCCAACGUACAGAGCUCCCUUCCGGUUGCGGACUUCCACUCCAUGGACGUUACCGCCACCCAUGCAAGCCUGGCUGCCAACAUGGGCGUCACAUCCAUGCCCUUCAAGGGAGUCCAAGCUGCCGAGCUUCCACUCUUUGUGCCCGAGUCACCGCUGUCCAAGUUCACUCUCGGUGGCGAUGCAUACAACACGGCCAUGAAGCUCGAUGCCUCGCACACUGCUAACUUUGACCUGUCAAAGACCCCGACCUUGGCCAUGUUCUCCGAGAACGCCCUUCGCAGCCGAUCGGCUCAACAGUACGGCAGCAUUGGCAACGUGGCUGCGACAGGAAUGGGUCUCGGUCUCGACUACCGAUUCCCGUGUGCUUCGGCGCCCUCUUCGCCCUCAACAGCCUCGACGUCUUCCUCUUCGAUCGAAAGCAGACAGUCGCGCGCCAACUCCCUGGUCAGUCGCCACACUGCAUCGCCAGGCAAGGCUCCCAGCACCCUGGCUUCGGUGUUGCUCUUGGCAGGCAUGUCGUUGAUGGGUGUCGGUCCAUCUGCCAAUGAGCUCGCUACUGCCGAGGCAUCCGCAAAUGUCGCCACGACUCCUGCUCGUAAGCAGGCCCGCGCCAGUCGGAGGCCUGCCGGCAAGGCCAACCAAAACGAGCGUGCUGCAUCCACACCUGCCGCUGGACAGCCUUCGUCCCACCUCAGUGAUGACGAUCUUCUGAUGGAGAUGGGUCUCGACUCUGCCUCGCUCUCUGAUGAUGACGAUCUUUCCAGCGGUGCAUGCAUGCAAAGCGGAUCCGCGCUUGCCGUGUCUUGCACGUAG